AUGGAAAAGCAGGCAGUUUAUGGAUUGGUGUCCAAGAGAGGACGUGAGGAAGAGAGGACGCCCGCCGACAGACUGGGACAAGGAGAUGAAGAGGACCUGAGGGGGAGCAGCCUGGAAGAGAGUAGUAUUAGAGAGGAAAGAAUGGAAAAGGAUGGGACAGAGGAAUAUAUACGAAAAAUGCAUCCCUUUCCUAAAAGAGAAAUUCCGCGAGACCUUCGGAGAGAGAGAGUUCACCGUGAGAGGCCUCUGGUUUGGGUCUCGCGGAACGAUCCCGGAAAGAACAAGGAGCUUUCUCGAAGAACUAGGUGUUGAUGUUGGGGAGCUCGCGGUAUUGGCCGAAAAUAUUAUUUUGGACUCCCUGGGAAUCAUCCACUAUCAUAUUUAUACCGAUUGAGGACAUCUGGUAAUAACUGUUUAUUAAAUUUUGAAUUGAUCCGCUGUCGUCCUGUCUUUUUGUCUACAUUCUGGAAAUUGCUGUGUUACGUAUGUGUGCGAUGUUGUAAUAAGUUCCUGGCGUUUGAAAAUUUAAAGAGAGAAACAGCGAAAUAAUUUUUUUUUUUUUGUCUUGGAAAAA